GAAGAUCCUGUCAAUUUAUUUCACACAAAUUCCACUGAAAUCAAUUUGGAUAAAGUGUUUGGAAGGGGGCUGUGCUGGCUGGGCCGGGGGCUGCCAUGGUGCUGGCCCCCGCAGCAGGAAGAUAGCAGAGAUGGUGGCCUGAGGGCGCCGGCCCCGCGCGCAGACAUGGCCUUCGCCCAGUCCCACAUCAUGGCAGCCAGGAGGCACCAGCACAGCCGGCUCAUCAUCGAGGUGGAUGAGUACAGCUCCAACCCCACACAGGCUUUCACGUUCUACAACAUUAACCAGGGACGUUUCCAGCCCCCGCAUGUGCAAAUGGUUGAUCCGGUGCCCCAUGAUGCUCCGAAGCCUCCAGGAUAUACACGAUUUGUCUGUAUUUCUGAUACUCACUCAAGAACUGAUCCCAUCCAAAUGCCAUAUGGAGAUGUGUUAAUACAUGCUGGUGAUUUUACUGAGCUGGGACUUCCUAGUGAAGUAAAAAAAUUCAACGAGUGGCUAGGUAGCCUGCCCUAUGAAUACAAGAUUGUGAUAGCAGGAAAUCAUGAAUUGACCUUUGACCAGGAAUUCAUGGCUGACUUAAUCAAGCAGGACUUUUACUAUUUCCCCUCUGUUUCUAAGCUGAAGCCAGAGAGCUAUGAAAAUGUACAGUCUCUUCUAACAAACUGCAUCUAUCUUCAAGACUCUGAAGUGACGGUGAGGGGAUUCAGAAUAUAUGGCUCCCCUUGGCAACCUUGGUUUUAUGGCUGGGGAUUUAAUCUUCCACGAGGCCAAGCACUAUUAGAGAAAUGGAACCUUAUUCCAGAUGGGAUAGAUAUUCUUAUAACACAUGGACCACCUCUCGGUUUUCUAGACUGGGUUCCUAAGAAAAUGCAACGGGUAGGAUGUGUUGAGCUGCUGAACACAGUCCAGAGACGAAUACAGCCAAGGCUUCAUGUUUUUGGACAUAUCCAUGAAGGUUAUGGUGUCAUGGCUGAUGGAACCACCACCUAUGUGAAUGCAUCUGUGUGCACUGUGAAUUACCAGCCACUUAAUCCGCCUAUAGUUAUUGACUUACCUACUCCAAGGAACACAUGA